AUGGCUACACCACAUGACCUGUUCACCAUCCACCUCCUCUUCCUUGGCUCUUCCAUUCUCCUUGGCGGGUUGCUUCGCGGCUACACCAUCUUAUCCAAGUCUUCACUUCCCUCUGGACCCCUCGUCAACUUGGGCAGUGAUACUACGCUGAGUGGGAGUAACGUCUGGAACCUUGGCCUAACCAUGGGAUCGCGCUUUCAAUGCCCCUCCUUCCCCAAACAAAUCCUCGAUGCCAUCGAUUUGGGGUACCACUUCAGAAAGCCAGAUUCGAGACGUCUACGCCUUCCUGGCAUUUACGUGCACAAGGCCCGAGCCGAUGUACAGCAACUCUGGUAUGCACGACGAUUGAAUCGCGGCGAUGUAUGA